CGAAAAAUGGUUCACAUUUUAUUUGAUACAAACACUGUAAGUUAUGAUGAUUUUCUCCCAAUGAGGGGAGAUGGAGUCUCAGAUGAAUACUUCAAAGGAGCAGCUCCUUUUCAGAGAGGAUAUGGACAAAAAGGAGCCGGAGUUGGAGACAUUAUGAGAGGUAUUUGGAGAUAUUUCCUUCCAAUCAUGAAAAAAGUAGGCACUACUGUAUCAGAGGAAGCUCUAAAUACAGGUCAACGAGCACUAAGUAGGGUUAUUCAAGGAGAACCAGUAAAAGAAGCACUAGUCUCGGAAGGAAAAAAGGGAAUUGACACAGUAUUAGAGAAAGGAGGCUUACCCAAACAAUUUGGAGCUGGAAGGGGUAUAAAAAGGAAACCAGUUCCCAGUCAUCAAAAAUUUCUAAAAAGAAAAAGAUUAAGAUCUGAUACCUUUGGAUUUUAUUAAAAUGUCCUUUCAUAAAAUUGAUCGUGAUAGUAUAAAUUCUAUCACAAACGCACUAGAUUUUUUCCAAGUUCCACCUACAAAUGUAAGUAUUUCAUCGUC